ACGGCGGCGGCGCCGAGCGCGGGCGGGCGGCGCGGGCAUGGACGCCGAGUACCCUGCCUUCGAGCCCCCGCUCUGCAGCGAGCUCAAGCACCUGUGCAAGCGGCUCCAGGAGGCGUACCGCGAGCUCAAGGAGGACCUCACGCCUUUCCGAGAUGACCGCUACUACCGGCUGGCGCCCAUGCGGCUCUACACGCUCUCCAAGCAUCACUUUGUCCUGGUGUUCGUCGUCUUCUUUGUCUGCUUCGGCCUGACCGUCUUCGUUGGGAUCAGAGGGCCCAAAGUGAUCCAGACUUCUGCAGCUAAUUUUUCACUAAAUAAUAGCAAAAAGCUAAAGCCAAUUCAAAUAUUUUCCAAACCACUGUCUACAUAUAAUCAGCAGCUAUGGCUGACGUGUGUUGUCGAGUUGGAUCAAUCAAAAGAAACAUCUAUUCAGACAACCUUCACCAUGACUGUUAAGGUUGAUGGUGUAGCUCAGGACGGGACCACCAAGUUCAUCCAUAACAAAGUUCACAAUCGGACGCGGACACUCACGUGUGCAGAGAAAUGUGCAGAAAUCAUCGUGGCUCACCUCAGCUACCUGAAUUACACUAAGUAUACAGUGACUGUGGGAUUCGAACACCUGAAGCGGCCCAUCAAGGAAAUGAACUUCACCUGGAAGACUUAUGACCCUGCAUUUUCCCAUUUGGAAAUCUGGUUCCGGUUCGUCUUUGUGGUGCUUACCUUCAUUGUUACUUGCCUGUUCGCGCACUCUCUCCGCAAAUUCUCCAUGCGAGACUGGGGCAUCGAGCAGAAGUGGAUGUCCAUCCUCUUGCCUCUGCUGCUGCUCUACAACGACCCGUUCUUCCCCCUGUCCUUCCUGGUGAACAGCUGGUUCCCGGGGAUGCUGGACGACCUGUUCCAGUCUGUGUUCCUGUGCGCCCUGCUGCUCUUCUGGCUGUGCGUGUACCACGGGAUCCGGGUGCAGGGAGAAAGGAAGUGUUUGACUUUCUAUUUGCCUAAAUUCUUCAUCGUUGGACUACUGUGGUUGGCGUCUGUCACCCUCGGAAUAUGGCAGACAGUCAAUGAACUACAUGAUCCAAUGUACCAGUAUCGAGUUGACACAGGAAAUUUUCAGGGAAUGAAGGUUUUCUUCAUGGUGGUGGCCACCGUGUACAUCUUGUACCUUUUGUUCUUGAUCGUGCGGGCCUGCUCCGAGCUGGGUCACAUGCCUUACGUAGAUCUCAGGUUAAAAUUCUUGACUGCGUUGACUUUUGUAGUGCUCGUCAUCAGCAUCGUCAUCCUUUAUUUAAGGUUCGGAGCCCAAGUGUUACAGGACAAUUUCGUAGCUGAACUGUCGACUCACUACCAGAAUUCAGCUGAAUUCUUGUCUUUCUAUGGCUUGUUGAACUUUUACCUCUACACUUUGGCCUUUGUGUACUCGCCCUCGAAGAACGCCCUGUAUGAGUCGCAGCUGAAGGACAACCCUGCCUUCUCCAUGCUCAACGACUCGGACGACGACGUGAUCUACGGGAGUGACUAUGAAGAGAUGCCCCUGCAGAACGGCCAGGCCAUCCGGGCCCAGUACAAGGAGGGCUCCGAGAGCGACUGAGGCCCGGCCGCCGUCCUGGCGAGCGCGCCCCUGCCUGCCUUCCCCGGACCCGCCCGUGUCUGACGCGCAGAGACGCCCUGGUCCUCAUUCGUUUACAUAUGUUUGAGAGGAAAACCAAAACUGAGGACUAAUUUAAAUGUUGGGCCUAAAUGUACCGUCACACUGACGACAUUUAUUUGGGAAGAGAGGCCCUGACAAAAAGUUUUAGACAGCCAAAUCAUCUUUUCAGAGAUUCCAGAUGAUGAGAGACAAGCUGUUUUCAAUGGUGAGAAAGAAAUCAUCCCUGUUCUUAGUAGAGAGAAUUACGUGCUUUAAAAAAAAGUUUGCUGAUUUUGAGUUCCCGGGAAGCCUUUGCGAGUGUGGCCCGCAGCAUGGUGGCGUUCCCCCGUCUCCCUUCCUUUCUGCCCUGCCCGGUGGCACCGGUUGCCGACCCUUCAGAGGGAAGCCCGUUUCUGAGGCUGCCCCACGAGGGCGGUCCUUCCCCGCUGAGUGGCCAGGGCUCCGGAUGACCACGCAUCUCCAGUGAUGGGUCACCGGGGUCGGUUGCUGUGAGACGUGUAAGCAAGGCUGUUGAUGGGGAGAGGGAGGCUGGGUGGGCAGGUUCGAGGUGAAGACCGCCACCAAGGCAGAGCCAGUGUCUCAGAGUUCUGAGGAGGGUUCGACAGGGUUCCUUAAGGAUUGGCAGGUCAUCAUCUCCAGUUGACAGGGAAGGGUCUCACUGUCAAGAGGCCUGUGAGCCUUACGUCAUGAAUGUGGAUGAGGCCCCUGUGGUUGGGGUGGGGGGAGGGUACCCAUGAAACCCCGGUGAGCAGUGGUAGCUCUGCUAAGGACCAUACCCUGUAGAGCUCUUUUUGUUUUUUUAAAUAAAAGCUAAAUAAGUGUCUGAUACAA